AUGGGAUCAAGCUUAUUACCAGUAAAACUGACCAUCUCGAAAGAAGAAGAGAGGCUAAGAGAAAUUUUCCUUUCCCCAGCGGAAAAGUUAAAGAAAGCCAAAAGAGAAAGCACCAUGCCAUAUACGUACUACUUAGAAGAUAUAUUUCUCUUCAAACAAAAAGAAGCCGAAGAAAAGGAAAAGGUAAAAUGUUUGAACCGAAAAAGGAAAGUAAGCGAAAAAACUACUUUUUCAUCCAGAAUGAAGAAUCGAUCACAUCUGGCGGAAAUAAACAUCCCCAUUGAAUCAGCUGCUCGUGAAAUGGGACUAGAUUCUACUCUCAUCCUCAGCUUUGUAGACAACAUGCACAUGCACCCCUUGUCUAAGAAUGAUGAUGAUUCUGACAGUAAUGAUGGUGAUGGUGACGAUGAUGGAGAUGGUGAUGAUGAUAAUAGUAUUUCGGAUUACUUUAAUGUUUAUAAGUACACAUUAGCCACCAAAAGGAAGACAAUAAUGCAGCUUCAGAGAAGUAUGGAGAUGAAGGAACAGCAACUUCUUAAUGCGGAAAAAAAGCUUCAAGAGGAUGCCUAUGCUUUUGAAGAAUUUCUCCGAGAAAAUGACCAGAAAUCAGUAGAUGCUUUGAAAAUAGCAGCACAGGAAACCAUAAGCAAACUCCAAAUGGCUGCAGAGUUAAAGAAGGCCAGUGUGGAAAUCCAUUUUGUAAAAAGUGAAAUUAUAAAAAGUGAAUACCUCCUCAGGGAGUACUUGAAAUAUGGAUACUUUUUAUUGAAAUUAUCUCCUAAGUCCUGGCAAGCAGAGCAAGCGGCAAAAAGAGCGAAUUUAAAAGCUAAAGAAUCGUCUGUCGUCUCUACCCUUCCAAAAAUAGUCUCAAAAGAGUCAAUAAAGAAGCCAAAAGACAAAGAAAGUUCAAAGAAAACAUUGGGAAUUCUCCCACCUUUGGAAUCUGCGUCAUCACUUGUGUCAAAGACUCGAGGGUCCAAGGAAAAGAUCAGUACGGCCAAGAAGAUGUCUUUUAUGGAUGAUAUUGGUCCUACAAUAAAUCUUCAGGAGGAAUUUGCAGCAUCUGAGGGGCUUCUUGGCUUCCGAAGAAAGAAAAGCGUAGAAGAUGGGAGAAAGGGGAAAAAAGGCGCAGACAGAAGGAAACCCGCAUCACCAAAUGCUGCAAGUAUAAGUUCAGAAGACAGUUUGGACUUCGGUCUUGAGGAAAUAGACUACGAAUUGGAACCAGAGCUCUACUUCAAAGAACCAGAGGAGUUACUUCGUGUCCUCACUGAGUUGGAAGAGCAGAAUCUUACUUUGGUACAAUAUUCCCAAGAUGUUGAUGAAACUCUGGAAGAUGUAUCAAGAAGAGAAAAAGCUAUAGAAGAUAAAGUGAAUAGCAAUAUAGAGAUUCUAAUGGAACAAAAAGAAAUCCUUAAGGGUUUCUGUGCUCGAGAAGAAGAAAAAGCAGCAGAAUUGGAAUUAAGGUCACGGCUAUUUAAUUUUGGAGAGUUUAACUCAGAAAUUCAGGAAAGACUGAUAGAAUCCCUAAGUAAAAAAGUCAACCAAGUGUACAAGGUCUGCAUCGGAGAGGUGGAUGUGGCCAACCUCAACCCAGUCCAAAAGCUGGUCAAAGUCGAGUCUCGACUGGUGGAGCUGAGUGACCUGAUCGACACCGUUCCUAGAGAUGUCAUCGAAGUCAUCGAAAAGGCGAAGCAGAGAGAAAGACGACAAAAAAUGCGUGAAGAGAAAUUGAAAGAAAAACAAAGAAGUCAGGAAGAAAAAAUAAGACUUGCCUUAGAAAGAGCAGUGUCAAGACCAAAGAAAAAGACGGGAAGGAGACUUGUUUUUCGUUCACAACCUCUUGCGGAUAUCAAACAAGAAAUACUCUUUGUCGAUGACACAAAAUCAAAAGUAUUUGAGGAUCAGUAUUUUUUUACUUAA